ACUGAAGUAAUACCAUCCUGUUUGUGUGUGUGUGGUGGGAAGGACUUCUGAAUCAGUGAUGAGAUGAGCGUCAGUGAUCGGCGGUGAAUCAGUGUGGAAGGAUGAAGCUUCUGCUCAGCAGCAUGUUACUCGCCUCGCUCUGCGCGCUCUCAUCCUGGAGUGUCUCAUCAGGCGUACCUGUUGUGACCCAGACUCCUGAUGUCUCUGUCACUGAGGGGGAGACAGUAAACAUCACCUGCUGCUGGACAGUAAAGUUUGAAAGAAUGAGUGUUAACUGGCUGAAGAAUCAAACAGUGAUAAAGACUGAACUGAAAUACCCAAAUAACUCUCAAGCAUCUCUGCAAAAGGAGAGAUCUGGAUGCUCAUAUUUUACCUUUAUGAAUAUUACAAGAGAGGAUUCAGGGAGAUACACCUGCAGGUUGUCUGUGGAGAUACCUGAAUUGCGCAUGUAUCAAGGAAAUGGUACCGUCAUCACAGUCACAGCCAGAGACAACAACAACGAAGAUUACAAUGCAUCAGGAGAUGGAAAAGUGCCUGCCACCAAAGCUCUCCCAGUAUACAUAACAGCUCCUCUGGCUGUAGUGGUUCCAUUGCUGCUCAUCACGCUCGUCUGUUUCUGCGCUCUGAAAAGGAGACAAGCAUCAUCGGCAGCCAGGGUGAUCUACGAGGUACCCCACACUGACUCUGAGGAGGCAGACAUGGACAAACGCAGCACCAGCUCCUCCACAGGCUCUUCUCAGUGGUGUCAGGUACCAGUGUAUGAAUCCUUCGAUUACUUUGAGCGUGUGCAGACCAAAGAAAGUGGGUGAGGAUCUACUCUGGGGAAUUUUCACAUCUUGUUACACUUUUACUUUUUCUUUCUCUACUUUAUAUAUCAUGUACAUUCAUUGAAUUACCUUUAUAUGAAUGAUGUAAAUGUCUUUAUACGAGUGUAAAUAUUUUUUAUUUUUCUAUAAACUAAGCCAUAUCUA